UGUGUGUGUGUGUGUGUGUGUGUGUGUGUGUGUUUGCUGGGGUGGGAGGGGGGCAUGACAGAACCAGGAGUAAGGAGGCAGCCGUAUGUCCAGGGCCAUUUAUGAUUAUAGGUCCUGCCUGGUUGAACCUGGGCUGCUGGUGAGCUGAGAGGCGCUUCCAAGGAUAGCCUGGGAUGGUGGCCAAGUAGAUGCCUAAGACGCUCAGCCUGGGGGAUUUGGGACCCGCCAGCCCUGGGCUCCUGCCAGCCCAGGCCCUGCCUCACUCCGGAGAGGUGGGGGUGCGGAGAUUAACCAGAGAGGCUAAUGUUUCUUCCUACCCCCACCAAAAGGCAGAGUUGGGGAGUUUGAGCCCACACCGAGGCCAGAACCCACCGCCUCCGGCCUUCCCAGAGAGAGCUGCCCGUGGGGAUCCCUCUCAGAGAUUAGUCUUCACUAGGAGACUGCGCUCCCCGCGGCGCCGGGGCGGAGCUGAGCUCCAGAUGUCCAGGCGCGCACAGCUGGAGGGUCACGUGGCAGCGGCCCCGGCCUCCCCCUUCCUGCCAACGCUGCAUUUGGCCCAAGCCCGGUCCAUGGCUGCCCUUGGGACCCUGCGCUGAGCCCCGGAGGCCCUGGCGUCCGGGGCUGCGCCACUCCCAAGGGACAAGCGUGAGUGUCGGGAUCCCAAGGACCGACGUGGUGGCUAGGGAGGGGGUAGAAGGGAUUCGGCUUCAGCGCGGGAAUGGCGGGAGGGAACGGGGGCCGAGCUCGGCGUCUGCAGGCCUUAGGGGGCGCGGGCGCCAGCCACGCGGACAUGAGGCGGAGGCUGCGCCUCCGCGGGGACGCGUCGCUCACGCUGCUCCUGGGCGCCGCCCUCGGCCUCCUUCUCUACGCACAGCGCGAGGGCGCGGCCCCGACGACAAGCGCCCCGCGAACGAAAGGGAAGGCAGCGCCAGGGCCCACUCCCGGACUCCGCGUCUUCCAGGCAUCGGACGCAGGCGCAGCCCCGGCCCCGCUGGCCUACGAAGGGGACACACCGGCGCCGCCCACACCCACGGGGCCCUUUGACUUUGGCCGCUACCUGCGCGCCAAGGACCAGCGGCGCUUCCCCCUGCUCAUUAAUCAGCCGCACAAGUGCCGAGGAGAUGGCGCACCUGAAGGUGGACCCGACUUGCUCAUCGCUGUCAAGUCAGUGGCGGCGGACUUCGAGCGGCGCCAAGCCGUGCGCCAGACGUGGGGUGCUGAGGGUCGCGUGCAGGGGGCGCUCGUGCGCCGCGUGUUCUUGCUGGGCGUGCCCAGGGGCGCGGGCACAGACGGGGCAGACGCGGAGGGGGAGGGCACGCGAACCCACUGGCCUGCCCUGCUGCGUGCUGAGAGCCGCGCGUACGCGGACAUCCUGCUCUGGGCUUUCGACGACACUUUCUUCAACCUAACGCUCAAGGAGAUUCACUUUCUCGCCUGGGCCACGGCCUACUGCCCCGACGUGCGCUUCGUGUUUAAGGGCGAUGCAGACGUGUUCGUGCACGUGGGGAACCUGCUGGAGUUCCUGGCGCCGCGGGACCCGGCGCAGGACCUGCUUGCGGGCGAUGUGAUCGUGCAGGCUCGGCCAAUCCGUGCGCGGACCAGUAAAUACUACAUCCCUGAGGCGGUGUACGGCCUGCCCGCCUACCCGGCCUAUGCGGGUGGUGGUGGCUUUGUGCUUUCGGGGGCCACGCUCCGUCGCCUGGCCGGCGCCUGCGCGCAAGUUGAGCUUUUCCCCAUUGACGACGUCUUUCUGGGCAUGUGUCUGCAGCGCCUUCGGCUCACACCCGAGCCCCACCCUGCUUUCCGGACUUUUGGCAUCCCCCGGCCGUCCGCAGCGCCGCACCUGCGCACCUUUGACCCCUGCUUUUACCGGGAGCUGGUUGUAGUACACGGGCUCUCGGCCGCCGACAUCUGGCUUAUGUGGCACCUACUGAAUGGGCCCCAAGGGCUAGCCUGUGCCCAUCCGUGGCCUGUCGCUGCUGGCUCUUUCCAGUGGGGCCCCUAGCCACCUUCAUGGCCCCAAGCUCCCCUCACUCAGACCCAGGAUGAUUAUCACCGUGUAUGUAGUUCUUCCCCAGAGGCGGAAGAUUUCAAAAAUCUAGCCCAUAUCACCAGAAGUCUGCCUCCACAGGUCCCCAGGGAAUUAAGAUUGAACUUGGCUCCUGCUGGCCUACCUUAUUCGGAGCUGAUCUAGAACCACCUGAAUGGUAGCCCUUUAGGACAGCCAGGGCUGAGGCCUUAGAGCAGCAGGCUCUGCCAAACAGGUGGACAUGUUUGACCUUCCUACUACCAAGUAGGUUUUUGGGGUUUGGGGAUGGUGGUCGCAUAGGCUCAUGGAAUCUGACCAUACUCCUUGAUUUGGAAGUCCUAGAGUGAUGCAAAUGCAGGUCUCUCUCAAGGCUGGAGGAGGUGUGGGGUCCUGGAACUGGCAGGCAUUUUGCUACAACUCAAUCUGAAGGUAAGCAUUUUGCUUCCCACCUGCCCAUCCAAAUUGGAUUUUCAGCCCUGUACUGAUCUUUAGAUCUUCUUCUGAGGUGUCCCUUCCCGAAGCCAACCCCUCCUGGGCCCUGGUCUGGCUGGAACACCAGGGAUGGACGCACACAGGGACAAACAAGUGCAUGGUCCUACCUAGAGUCUUUUCUCACCACAUAAGAAUUUACACACACACAACAGUGCCAGUCUCUUACUAGAGGCUGUGCUGCCCCACUCAGAAGAGCCAAGGAACCUAAGAUGACUCCACCAUAAAAUUUCCCAUAUCCUUCACCCACGUUCUUAAAAAUCAACACCUCCAUGCUUAUUUUAGUACAAACAUCCCAGCAACAGCACAUGGUGAGCAGCUGCUGAGGGCACAGGUUUUUAUUGGAGGGGUAUGGGCAGGGCAUGAGGAAUGUUCCCCUAUUCUAGGAAGAUGGGGAGAGUCCUGGCUGCCCCUACAGGGGGAUGUGUGUGUGGGUCUCUGGCCAGGCCACAGUCCAAAUGGGAAGACACCAGUCAGUCACAAAAUUAUGGGAACGCCACACAAGCCUGGCUGUAAGCCCAGGAACCACCUAGGAGCCUGGGGCAGGUCCCCUCCACAUUCAUUGUUAAACUCUACAGGAUGAGGCUGUACAUGAGUUAAUUACAAAAGAGUCAUAUUUACAAAAGUCUGUACACACAUUUGAAAAACUCACAAAAUUGUCAUCUAUGUAUCACAAGUUGCUAGACCAAAAUAUUAAAAAUGGGG